GUCGGCGGGAGUCACGUGACACGCUAAAGAUGGCGGCGCCGGGGCUGCUCCGGCAGAGCAGAGGCGUUAUCUCCUCCUGUGUCCGCUCUCAGUUCAGCAGCACUUCAGACAGCCUUUCUGCAAAUCCUCGGAGAGGUGGGAUUCUUCAGUACCUCUCCAAGUGCUUCUACGACAUUGAAACGAUUGUCGAUGUCACCCAGAAGUUAAAGAGGUGGAAAAUGGAAAAAGGAAACAAGUAUGAUGUUGCCCUGCAUCAGCGUUAUGGCAGUGAUCUUGGAGCUGCCCUCUUUGUCCUGAAACUGAAAGGAAGAAUUCGUUUCCAGGACCAAAUGGAUUGGUAUUGCGAGAACCCUGAAGAGGAAGAAACCAUGGACCUUCUCAAUUAUGCUGGGAAGUCCUUGGAAGCCGUUGAUCUCAGCGGUUCUGUCAUCAAUUACAUAGGCCUGAAAAACCUUGUUAACCUGAAAGCCUUGAAGCAUUUGAACUUGAGCAGAUGCCCCUUCAUUGACAACUGGUGCCUGAGCCAGCUGCACCCCUUUGCAGGCACCCUGCAGAGCCUGUCCCUGGCUGGCUGUUCCCGGAUCACCGAGAAAGGGCUGGCUUGCCUCCACCACCUUGAAAAUUUGGAGCGCUUAGAUGUCUCCAACCUUCCUUCUGUUCCUCAUCAACUGUUAAUUCGGAUACUCCUGGAAGAAAUGUUGCCCCAGUGUUAUAUUGUGGGGAUGGAUGACAGUGAACAUACAGACUUUCCCACUGAACAAGAAAAACAGAGGAUUAGCCAAACACCCAGCAAGAUCUCCACUUGAGCCAAAAUGGACACAAUUCCAAGGAUCUCCCACUGCCUUUGAAAAAACAAUUCCGCAAAUUCUUCCCUUCCCGCUCUGCACCCCAUUGAUACAUGGACACAGUUAUUUUAAAGCAGACUCCCAAUGUUGUUGGCCAAGCUAGCUGCGGAUUCUAGGAAUCAAAUAGCCGAUGUGGCAGCGGGUGAGGGAAGUGCUAAAGAAUGCCCAUUAGUUCAUUUUCCUAAUGGCUGCAGCAUAAUAAACGGAGUCUCCCUGUCUGGGUGGGGAGUUAAUGCCGAAGAU